AAGUUUCUACUGUGGAUGCAGGCAUUCUAAAGUUCGCAACAAUGCUUCUCAGAGUAUGUCUACCGUAAAUAGUGAGGGUGUCACCUCGGUGAAUACCAACCACAAUGCGGGACCUGCCGAAGCGCCAUCAAUUCCUGUAACAAGCAAUGCAUUAGUUCCAAUUACUUCUACUGCACCAGUGCAGACCUCAAAAGAGUUGGAUUUUAUAGACCUCUUGAGCAAUGCAUUAGUUCCGAUCAGUGUGUCGAAUGAUCAAGCUGAGCAGCAGAAACCGGAUAUAUCUCGUCCUUUACAAUCGGCCACCGAAGGGAUAACGUAUUCCUCUGAGGGUAACCAUGCAAACCCAACUCCAGCCUUCAACAGUUAUAUAGCUCCCUGGGCUCAACCACAGCCUCAACCCGGACUCCAAUCUCAGCCACAGUUCCCACCUCAGCCUGGUUUCCAGCCUCAACCCCCGUCCCAAUAUUCACAAGCGGCAUCACAACCACAACCACAACCUCAAUCCCAUUUUCGACCUCAACAUCAGCUAGAACCUCAUCCACAACCUCAAUUUCCUCGGUACUCCUCUAGCUACCCCCCUCCACCAUGGGCAGCCACUCCUGGUUACUACAGCAAUCCCAAUCCAGCAUCUAGACCUUCUUACAUAUAUUCAAUUUCAACACCUGCUGCUUCAUCUAUGCCUCUGCAAGAGACUAAAUCUUUGCAACAGGUCAACUCGUUCCCUGCCCGAGAAAGUUACGUGUCUAUUAAUGGAGAUACACAGAUCAGCUCAAAUCCUCAAUCCACUGCUCCUCCUGGGCAGAAGCCCUUCAUUCCAUCAUACAGAUUAUUUGAAGAUCUUAACGUGUUUGGUGGUGCAGACGGAAGACUUAAAGCGACAAAUGACCCAUCUUCCAGCUUGUCGGGAAACAGCAGCCAAAGUAUGGUUGGCGGAAGAAAGUAAGCGUGGUUGAUAAUACUCGGUUUGGUAUGAUGGAAAAUCUUGAGCAAUCAGAAAGAAAUUCUGUCAAUAUGAUGUACAUCUCUUUCUUUUCAAAGUUUUUUCCCAUCUAGAAGAAUAUUGAGUGAGAUGUUAGAUUGAUUUAAUUAUGGUCUUGCACUAUAGUUUUGUACUAGCAGUAUCAAAUAAGUGCACAUGUUAAUCAGAUUCCUUGAUGCCUGCAAAUGCUCAUGUUUUGUUCAUCCAAUACCACCAUCAAUAUUUUGAUCUUCUUGGUUUA